UGAAAUUGUUCCACUACUUGAAGAUACGCGAAGUCUAGAAAAGGUGCUAGAGGAAGCAGUCAUUUUCGGUGAACGGGAAAAAUGCAGAAAAUGGAAAAAAAUCCUCAUCAUAGUCGAAGGAGCCUAUUCGAUGGAAGGAACCAUCGUGAACCUUCCAGAAGUCAUUCGACUCAAGAAAAAGUACAAGGCGUAUCUUUAUGUGGACGAAGCUCACAGCAUUGGGGCAUUGGGUCCGAACGGAAAAGGAGUUGCUGACUUGUUCAAGACCGGCACGAAAGAUAUUGACAUUCUCAUGGGCACCUUCACAAAAAGCUUUGCUGCUUUUGGAGGCUAUAUUUCGGCAUCCAAGGAAAUAAUCAACCAUUUGAGAGUCUCGUCGCACUCUCCAUGCUACGCUCAGUCGAUGAGCCCGCCGGUGAUGCAACAGAUCGCAUCUACAUUGUCUGUAAUCCAGGGGCAUGACGGAACUGCGGAGGGGAAAAUGAAAAUCCAGAGACUGAGACAGAAUGCCGUCUACAUGCGAGAAAAUUUGCAGAAACUCGGGUUCCACGUUUACGGCCACCCUGAAUGUCCCAUUGUGCCCGUGAAGGUGUCGCUCAUCUGUCUUCCGUGGGUGUCAAGGAUGAUGCAAGCAGCAGGAGUUAGCAUCGUCGUCGUCGGUUCCCCGGCUGUCGCGUUCUUUGAAACAAGGAUCCGAUUUUGCUUAUCGGCUUCACAUUCUCGGCAACAAAUUGACAAAGUGAUCGACAUUUUGGAUCAAAUCGGACACGUGAUGUGCGCAAAGAAGAACAAGCCGGAUUCAUUCGCGGAGUACCGAGCCAAGAAUAUGCUGAGACACAGGAAAGGAAAUUACAUUGAAAUGGCAGACUUCAUUUUCGGGUGAUAAUUGGCAAUAUGAUACCGAAACCAGCAGCCGCAAAUUAAACUGGAACAUUUUUCGCACUGGAAAUGAAUAUGAACCUUCCGAAAAAAAAUGAGCAAA